GAUGUGAUAAUCCACGUAGAAGACUUAUCUAGUUCAUGUUUUGAAUAUAAACGAAAGCAUGUGUUGAGUACGUUGAAAAACUUGAGUAUUCAUACUGAUUCCGAGAACAUUAUGGAAAAAGUCAUUAGUGUUGGGAAUAAAAUGGAUGUCGCAAAUAUUUCAUACCCAAUGGAUUUGAUUACUGUUUCAGCAAAAAAAGGAACAGGUUUGGAAGAUUUACGAAAUACGCUGGAAAAAACAAUAAUGAAACGUACAGGGCGAAAAAUUCUAAUAGUGAGAGUUGCUAAUGGGGGAGAAGAAAUGACAUGGCUGUUCAAAAAUUCCACCGUGGUAUCAGAAAUGCCCGACAAAAAAGAUCAGCAGAUUAUGGAAGUUAAGACAAUAAUAACAGAAAGUAAUUUACAAAAAUUCAAAUACCAUUUCAUAAGGAAUAAAUUAAAAUAAAAGUUUCAUUGCAAUAUC